AUGGAAGUUACCGAUGUUAGAGAAGAGGCCUUCCCCGCCCCAACCCGAGAAGCCUCUGGGCUCGUCAACGGAGUCGCAACGGAAGUGACCUCGACCAGCUUCUCCGACAAGAUCCUCAUCACCAUCUCCCAAGAAGGACGCCUCUCUCAAUGGAUCCAGGUUCCUCUGACAGGUUCCUCCGCCGGCAUGGUGGAGAUGACACUGCCCAGCAUGAACAAGGGCCUCCUACCCUCAACCCACCUGACCCCCAAGACACUGCUAGGCGGUGGCGGCGACGACCGUGAAACGCUUGGGCAACUGUACGCAUCGCAACUUGCGAGUCACUUGUCUUUGAGGUCUCCUGAUGAUCGACGGACACUGGUUUUGGGCCUGGGACUGUCUAAGAUUGAUACCGAGCGCGAGGCUUUCUUCGAUCUGCUAGAACUCACCCAGAAGGUCCUGUGA